AUGUCACAUAUUAAGGAAUUAAUUACUGCGGCAGCUCGCCCUUUACCUCCUAUCAAUAACCCUAGCUUUGGCUCGUACUUUGAUCGUUUCGGUAAAUCUAAGGUGGUUCUCCUAGGUGACGGUAGCCACGGAACAUCAGAAUUCUACGCUGCUCGAGCAGAAAUCACCAAACGCCUAAUCGAACACCACGGCUUCACCGUAGUUGCCGUUGAGGCUGACUGGCCUGAUGCAGAAAUAAUCGACCGUUAUGUGCGUCAGCGUCCAGGGCCUAAGUCAAGCAUUGGAGGCCACACGAGUGGUUAUGAUCCCUUUACACGCUUUCCGACAUGGAUGUGGCGAAACCGCGAAAUGCAAGAACUAGUUGAAUGGAUGCGCAGUCGCAAUAACGCCAACGCGAAUGAUCAGAAGGUUGGAUUCUAUGGGCUCGAUCUUUACAGCAUGGGCGCGUCUAUCCAAGCUGUAAUAAACUACCUUGAUCACGUUGAUCCAGCCGCUGCUAUAACUGCGCGCCAGCGAUAUAGUUGUCUUGAAAGAUGGGUCGAUGAUCCCACGGCAUACGGACUAGCAGCCUUGUCUGGUAUGGUAGAUUGUGAGCAAGGUACUGUCCAGAUGCUAUGCGAACUUCUGGAAAGCCGUCUUGAAUAUAUACUGCAUGCACAAGAUGGCGAGGAAUACCAUAGUACUGAGCAGAACGCGCACCUUAUUCGUGACGCGGAGAGGUACUACAAAGCCAUGUACUACAGUUCGGCGUCAUCUUGGAAUUUGCGUGAUGGACAUAUGUUUGAUACAUUACAUCGGAUUAUUCAACAUAAGUCCUCGGGAGGCAAGGCUGUAAAGGCCGUGGUAUGGGCUCACAACUCCCACUGCGGUGAUGCACGAUACACUAGCAUGGGGACCAAACGCAAAGAAGUCAAUAUAGGCCAGCUAUGCCGUGAAAAAUUCGGCCGCGAAAAUGUUGCUCUCUUAGGGUGUGGGACACACACAGGCACCGUGGCAGCAGCACAUGGAUGGGAUCAAGAUAUGCAAAGAAUGACGGUUUUACCAUCACGAAAAGAUAGCUGGGAAUAUCUAGCCCACGAGACGGGGAUUCGAAGCUUCGUGCUUGAUUUGCGACCGGAUUUUGCUAGUUCGAAAUUGGCACGUGCGUUGGAAAAGGAACCUGACCGGCUCGAAAGGUUUAUUGGUGUAAUAUAUAGACCUGAGACGGAGAGGGUAUCUCACUAUUCGGCUGCUGACUUGUCUAAUCAGUUCGAUGCGUAUAUAUGGUUUGAUUGUACACAGGCUGUACGACCCUUGGAGGAACAUGAACCAUUGACAGGUUUGGGAAAAGAGGACACUUAUCCGUUUGGGUUGUGA